UGCUUUAUUCCAGGCCCUCCCCCGUUAGCCAAACUGGGCGAGGAGCAGCAGAAAAUAUCUACAACAGCUUGACGACACAGUCGUCUGAUCACAAAACUUGAACAAUCGCGAAUGUAAAAGAAAAAUUAAAGUGGCGCCGAGUAAUUGGCAUGGUGGAAUUGAUGACUGCCGAUUGUUGAGCCGAUGACGAAGUCUCGUGGCUCGCUGACGCCACCAAAGCCGGCAAGUGCGAGUCAACAGAGAAAGCUGCGAUUUCGUGGAAAGAGAACACGAAGGAGACGCCGUCGGUGUGCAUCAUCAACAGGAGGUGAUUGUGCAAGUGCUUGUAGUGGCAGUGUUAUCAGUGAAGGUGCACGUGAACAAGCUGUUAGUGUAAGCUGCAAAAAAAUAUAGUUUGAAACUUUAAGAUUGCCAAGAGUAACAUCACAAAAUGCCGCGUUGUCUGAUGGCGAAGAAGUGGAAGGCUUAUCCAUGGCCUGAUAGACAAGAAGAUGAUGUGGAAAACAUGGAAAAGAGUGAUAUUGACACCGUCCAGGACAAGAAGAGGAUGACUGUUGAGACUGAAGACGAGGAGAUUGACGUUGUUGGCGACAGCACCACCGACGGCAACAGGACAAGUCAGCAAACAUGCUGGGGUCCUCAUAGCCCUACUGCUGGCACAACUGCACCAAGUCCACCACCACUAAAUGCCUCGGGGGCGCUCUACUAUCAUGGGUAUGCGCAUGAGUCUUGGUUAAACCACGAAGAGCCACCAAAAUAUGCAACACUGAGAUCAGCUGCAGAGUUAGCCCAGCCAACAGCAGAGUCUCCUCCACCUCCUUCUCAACACCAUCAUCAGCAACAGCAGCAGCAGCAACAAGACCAACAGCAAGAUCAACAGCAAGCUCUCUUGGCGCCAUCUGUAUUACAAAAUGUUCAAGGAUUUCAACCACGUAACAAAAGUCUUUCAAUGUGUUUUACAAGUACUGGUACUGCGCUAUCACUUCCACCAAAGAAGAAAGACAUUUACCGACCAUAUAGCCUUCAGCCGUCAGAAGUGUUAAGGAAUUCCCCGGAGGAAGAGCUCUCUGCUGCCCAAGCAAUAUUAGACUUGAGUGCAUCACCAGCAGCACCAACUCAUUCCGUUUUCAUCCACACUCUCUCACUGCCUCCAACACCCCCAGCCCCAACCGUUCCCCAGCCAAUUCAACCAACACCUAUACCAGUUUCAGUGCUUGUACCAGUUCCUUCUCAUAAUAAUCCCACGAGACAAGAGUCUAAUCCAGAGCCACGAUCUACAGCAAGCUCAGAGUCAAGUCCGACACUCACCAAUACAUCACCAACUAGCAAUAAAACAGUUGCUUAUACCUAUGAGGCCUUUUUCGUGUCAGACGGAAGGUCCAAGAGACGUUCUAAUAAUGCAGCAGUUCCUGAAAAAGAGCCAGCUCAACCAGCAGAUCGACCUAAGUUCACUUGUACCGAGUGUGGUAAACAAUAUGCUACAUCUUCCAAUCUUUCUCGACACAAACAAACUCAUCGAAGCCUCGACUCACAGUCUGCUAAGAAAUGCAUUCACUGCGGCAAGGCCUACGUCAGCAUGCCAGCUCUUGCGAUGCAUGUGCUGACACACAAGCUCACUCAUAGUUGUGGUGUUUGUGGUAAAAUGUUCUCGAGACCAUGGUUACUUCAGGGCCAUUUAAGAAGUCAUACUGGUGAAAAACCAUAUGGUUGUGCUCACUGUGGUAAAGCAUUUGCAGACAGGUCGAAUCUACGUGCUCACAUGCAGACACACUCGGCAGACAAAAAUUACGAGUGCUCAAGGUGUCACAAGACUUUUGCUCUCAAGUCGUACCUGAAUAAGCAUCUUGAGUCUGCUUGUUUAAGGGACGAAGAAGUUCAAGCUCCUCAACUCGAUCAAGCUAAUAACAAUGGACAACAUUCUCCUCAAUCGAAUCGAGGCUUGUAGCGUCAUGAAACAAGUAAAAGUGACAACAGCUAGCGAUUUUAUGAAAGCCAAGAAGUUGAUAUAACUUCUUAAAUUUAAGCGAUAGAUAAUAGAUGAUAGAAAAGUGCCGUGUGGUUUGCACCUAGUCAUCUCGUGUAGUGUCGUCACAAUGGUUCUCUUCAAGGCUUCUUUUUCUUCAUUUCUUUUUCUUCAUCAGGAUCAGCAACAGGGCGUCGUCACUUGUUGCUGACAACGCCCCGAUUGCAGCGCACGAAGCGGCCAACAUUUAUGAGACUUCAGGAACGCCUUGAUGAGACCUGGACGGCGCUUGCUCGAGAAGUUUAAGAGGUAGAUUAAGUAGUAAAGUGCCAGUUUGCGGAGCGUAAGCGUCUUCGAGUUCGCGCGAAUUGACUUUAAUUGAAAAAAAAUGAUUUUUGAUAUAAAAGAAAAAAUGUUUAUUAAAACGAUAAAAUUGAACAAAAUUUUUUGAAAUAUAU